AUGAAGGUUUUCAAACAAUGUCUUCUUAGGUUCUGUAACACUGAACUCCCUGCAGACAGCUACACCUUCGAUAAAGUCCUGGAGUUCCAAGUCGUAUUCUCUAGCGAUACAUACACCCACAAGAAGGGAUUCUGGAUAUCAUAUCAAAUCAUCGAAAUUGUUCCGACCACCUUCCCAGCCACGACUACGGCAGUGAGCGGUCAGACAGGGAGCGGCUCAUGCGGUGGCAUCAGGACAGUCCAAACAACGGGAAUCGACUAUCUCAUGAGUCCAAACUAUCCUGGCCAAUACGACAAUAACAUCUACUGCGCUUGGAAUAUACAGGUCAAAGAAAACAACGCCAGGGUCGUCUUGAAAUUCGAAGAUUUUGACGUUGACACUCGCGGUGCAUGUACAGCUAACGACUUCGUGAAAGUCCGCCGCGGAGGAAGUACGGCCCCUGGGGACAUACUCACUUUUUGCAACGCCAUGCUAUCCAGACCAAAUGGGCUUAUAACAUCUGGUAGUUACAAGUCCUUGGUUGUCGAAUUUUCUACCAACGAUUACACCAACGCCAGGGGAUUCAAAGCCUCGUACAAGAUUGACUGUGUAAAUUGUGAUCGACAAAUCAACGAAUGUUCCUCCAACCCUUGUCAACAUGGCGGCCUGUGUAAAGAUGGCGUCAACGGUUUCCAGUGCACGUGCACAUCUGGUUACUUUGGCGACAACUGUGAGAAGGACGUGAAUGAGUGUUUGUCCAGCCCAUGUGAUAACGGUGGUACGUGCAUCAACCUCGCGGGUGGUUACCGCUGCCAAUGUCCUGCCGGCUAUCAUGGCGACCGUUGCGGUACCGACACAGACGAGUGCAUCUCAUCACCGUGUAAAAAUGGGGCGAGAUGCGUGAAUGGAAUCAACAAAUACACGUGCUACUGUCCUUCUGGUUUCGCUGGCGUACACUGCGAGACCAACAUCAACGACUGCCAAAGCAAUCCUUGUAAAUACGGCCGCUGCAUCGACUUGGUGGACUCAUACACUUGCAUCUGCAACGCUGGCUAUUCGGGCAAGAACUGCAGGACGAACAUUGAUGACUGUAAAGGAAAUCCAUGUAAACAGGGCGCACUUUGCCAGGAUCUGGUCAACGACUUCGCCUGUUCCUGCCCUCCUGGCUACGAUGGAAAGACAUGUAACCGGGACGUGAAUGAGUGCGCGAGCUCGCCGUGUGCGCACGGAUCCUGUACGGACGCUGUGAAUGGAUUCACGUGUGCUUGUGACCUUGGGUACACAGACACCCUCUGUGACCGUGACAUCAACGAAUGUGCGAGCUCUCCCUGCCAAGGCGCUGCCACCUGCGUUGAUUUGGCUAUAGCGGACGGCACUGCGAAACAAACAUAG